AUGCUUGCUCAUACGUCAGGACGCAACAAACCUUUGACUGAUAGCUUGCGGUUAACCUCCAUACCCCUUGCUUUCAAAGGCCCCUCUAACAUCACCACUUAUGUUGGUGAUACCGAUCCUAUUGAGUGGGUCCAAAAGUUUGAAGCGGCAAUGACCCUUCACGGCGAGACAGAUCUCCUCAUGUGCAGGACUUUCCCCACACUUCUGGGAGGGAGAGCGCUGACAUGGUACACUACUCUACCAUCUGGUAGUAUUGCGUCCUGGGACGAUUUGGCGAGCAAGUUUCAGUCUCCCUUCGCAACUAGUCGCCCGGUGCCUAAGUCUGUUCACUCCCUUGAAAAGAUUCGCCAACAAUCUGGAGAGUCCCUUAGAUCUUUUUUGGACCGCAUUGAUAAAGAGGCUCUGGAAGUGCAAGGGUUGGACCCCAAGGUGCAAGUACACAUACUUCUGUCUGGCUUGCGACAGGGAGCGUUCGCUUACGAACUCGCUCGCCUUGAAAUCACUAACUUAGAAGAAGUCAGGAAAAAAGCGUAG